AUGAAGAAAGAGGUAAUUUAGCUGAAGAAUGAGAAAGCCGCUCAGAAAUUCAACGGAAAUGACUUCGAUCCAAUGAAUCAGCUGAAGAGUGGAGUAGAUCAUCUAAAUUAUUAGAUUGCAGAUUUUAGAGCUAAGAAUACUGCUCUUAUUGCAUCAGAAAAUAGACAAAUGUAAAGUGACAUUGAUAGAAUGAGAAAUGAAGAAGAAAAACAAAACUGGAGAGACCACUAUAAGGAUAAAUACAAAUAGAUGUAAAUGAAUAACUAGAUGACCAGUUUGAAAAAUCUACAGGAAUAAAGAGAAUUUUUAAUGUAAAAUAAAUUAGCAGCUACUUCAGCUGCCACAAAUGGAGUACUGAGUCCAUAUGCCGGUUAUGGGGCUUUAGGCGGCUUAGGACCUAUUGGGGCAGUAGGAGCAUUAGGAGCCUUAGGCUCACCUUUAGGAGCUUAUUCUCCAUAUCUAGGAACAGGAGUAAAUCCAUACCUAGCAGGAAUCCAUAAUUUAUCAAUGUAUACAGGAACUUUACCUGGAGCACCGGGGCCAGUACCUUACUAUCCUCCUUGGGGUGUUAAUCCAUAUAGUCUUCAUUAGCCAUAUUAUAUGAAAAGGAAUCCCACAUAUGACUAUUUAAAUACUCAAGAGAAAUUGUUCAAUGAUACUUUUGAUGAAAUAGCAGAUAGAAAUACUAAUCCGAGAUGA